AUGCCGUCAUUGAAAAAGAAAUGCUUGGAAUUUUGUUCGGAUGCAAACGGUUUCAUCAAUUCACUUAUGGUAGAGAAGUUAUCGUACAUUGCGAUCAACAAACCAAUAUCUGCCAUUAUGAAAAAACCAAUGUCCGCAGCACCGCCUAGAUUAUCUAGAAUGCUACUAGCUCUGUCUAAGUAUCAGUUAAUCGUAAAGCACAUGCCUGGUAAAGAAAUACCAGUAAGUGACUGCCUAUCACGCCAAAGUCUCCCUAAUACAUACUUAAAUAUGUCAGACGAGCUUGAUAAUUACGUGCAUACCGUCCAAAAACAAUUGCACAUUACCGACCAACGAAUAGAAAAUAUUCGCGCCGAAACGUGCAAAGACGCACAAAUGAAAAUUCUGAAAAAGACUAUAUUAAACGGUUGGCCAGAAUCUAGAUCAAUGUGCAAGCAAUCAAUCCUUGAUUUCUGGAACCACCGCGAUGAGAUAAGCGUAGAAAAUGACCUGAUAUUUCGAGGUCAUACAAUUGUAAUACCGAAAAUCUUGAGAAAUGAACUUGUACAGAAAGUUCAUACAGGUCACAUGGGAAUUACGAAAACACUUGAACGUGCUAAAGAUUCAAUAUUCUGGCCAGGCAUGUCCAAGCAAAUUACAGAAUAUGUUAGCAAAUGUAGCAUAUGUCUAACAUACCGCGACGCAAACACAAAAGAACCGCUUAUGACUACAGAAUUCCCCGACAGACCUUACCAAAAAAUAGCAGCAGACCUGUUCCAUUUUCAAGGUAAAGAGUAUCUAUUGACUAUUGAUUAUUAUUCAAGAUUUUUUGAAAUAGACCAUUUACAAAACACAACAUCAAAAACAGUCAUUCUGAAACUUCAGAAACAAAUGUCGAGACUGUCAAUACCUGAAGUCUUUGUCUCAGACAAUGGUACUCAAUUUUCAAGCUCCGAAUUCAAAGAAUUCGCUAAAGAGUGGGGUUUCGAGCACAGAACUUCAUCCUCCGGAUACCCCCAGUCGAACGGUCUUGCGGAAAAAGGCGUAGGUAUCGCCAAAAAACUAAUGCAAAAGGCUAAAGAUACGAACACAAACAUUUACAUUGCAUUAUUAGAAUAUCGUAAUACACCUCUUGAAUGCGGAUAUUCUCCGAGUCAACUGUUAAUCGGCCGGAGAACUAAAUCCGUUGUGCCAGUUACAAAUAAAGCACUGGUACCCAUUUUAGUAAAUAACUCAAAAGUGCGCAGUCUAAUGAAACAAUCGAAAGACAAACAAAAGGUCAAUUACGACAAAAAUGCAAAAUAUUUGCCACCUUUGUCCUUGAAUCAAUCAGUACGCAUUAAAAUAGGAAAAACUUGA